AUGACUCAAACCAAGGUUGUGGGUCGCCUGCCCAAAUUCCAUGUGCCCGCUCGCCCUCAGGACUCCUCAACGCCGCCCCCAGCUAUCAAAAUCGAGGAUGAAGAGGAAUUCAAUCUCCUCGGAAACGCACCAAGCCAAUUUCAUGCUGUCUCGAAGGUCUUCGCGGCCACGCGCUUGAUCUUUCUUGCGCGUUCAGCGCUUGAACUGACAGUCGGCUGCUGUCGAUGGGCUACACUAGACUGUCUUCAAGUCUUGGAAAUGCUGCAAGAGACUGUCAAUGACUUCGUAUCGAAUACCUGCAUCGGAGGAUGGGAGCCUACGAUGCCGCAUGUGAAGUUCAGUCAAGUUGCGGUGCAUGAUGCUGUAUGGGAAUUGUAUCAUGUCGCCAAAAGCAUGGCAGAUGUCGAUCAAGAAGUUGCCGUGCUUGAGCAUGCUGCACGGUGGGCCAUGGUCCUGAUUCAGAGUGGAAUCGAGUUCGAUGCGACGGAGCAUGGUGAAGGCACAAGCGAAUUGCAAGAGGGAAUAUUUGGGUUUGUCAAGUGA